AAAAAAAAAAAAAAAAGCAAUAGCAAUAAUAAUUUUUGUGUGGAAGUGAAGGACAAUCUACCCGAACCCGAUUGGGACUGGUUCUUUCAGUCGGAGAAAGUUUCAUCAUCGUCACCGAACGAAGCUGUAUUUCCAUCCCUAUAAGAAACGAACAAAAGCUAAAGAGAAUUCGAGAGAAUCCUAUAGAUUCUGCCCGACAAUUGCAAAAAUUUUCUUAAAAAAGGGGAAAAAUAUAUAUAUAUAUAUAUAUAUAUAUAUAGUAGGAAGUGGAAAAAAUAAUAUGCAACAGAGAUUGAAGUUUCAACAUCAACAGCAACAACAUCAAGCAGUGAUGCAGCAAGCCUUGCUUCAGCAACAGCAUAUGUAUCAUCCUGGUGUUCUCGCCGCUGCGAUGACUCAGAUGGAACCUAUACCAAGUGGAAAUUUGCCUCCUGGAUUUGAUCCAUCUACAUGCCGCAGUGUGUAUGUAGGAAAUAUACAUGUAAAUGUUACUGAGAAGCUUCUUGCUGAAGUCUUCCAAAGUGUUGGUUCUCUUGCUGGAUGCAAGCUUAUCAGAAAGGAUAAGUCAUCAUAUGGUUUUGUGGAUUAUCAUGAUCGAGCUGCUGCAUCACUUGCAAUAAUGACAUUGCAUGGACGUCAGCUGUAUGGCCAGGCACUUAAAGUGAAUUGGGCUUAUGCCAGUAACCAGAGAGAGGAUACUUCAGGACACUUCAAUAUUUUUGUUGGUGAUCUGAGUCCCGAGGUUACUGAUGCAACUUUAUAUGCAUGCUUCUCCGUCUACAAUAGUUGUUCUGAUGCAAGAGUCAUGUGGGACCACAAAACUGGCCGCUCAAAAGGAUAUGGAUUUGUUUCUUUCCGUAACCAGCAGGAUGCACAGAGUGCCAUUAAUGAUCUAACUGGCAAAUGGCUUGGAAAUAGGCAAAUCAGAUGCAACUGGGCAGCUAAAACUACUGGGUCCAAUGAAGAAAAACAGAUAAACGAAAAUCAAAAUGCAGUUGUACUUACUAGUGGAUCUACAGAUGGAGGUCAGGAGAAUUCCAAUGAAGAGGUCCCUGAAAAUAAUCCGGCAUACACUACUGUUUAUGUUGGCAAUCUGUCCCAUGAGGUAACUCAAGCUGAACUCCACUGUCAGUUUCAUGCUCUUGGGGCUGGGGUUAUUGAGGAAGUACGUGUCCAGAGGGAUAAAGGUUUUGGAUUUGUGAGAUACAAUACUCAUGAAGAAGCAGCAUUGGCUAUUCAAAUGGCUAAUGGGAGGAUUGUUCGUGGAAAGACUAUGAAGUGCUCUUGGGGUAGCAAACCAACGCCUCCCGGUACAAGUUCAAAUCCAUUACCUCCUCCUGCUCAUCCGUAUCAGAUCCUUCCAGCAGCCGGUUUGAACCAAGGCUAUUCUCCAGCUGAGUUGUUGGCUUAUCAGCGCCAACUUGCAUUAAGUCAGGCUGCUGCCACUUCGAUGGCCUUGAAUUCUGAUGGAUCCCAAUCUAUGUAUGAUGGAUAUUCUAACACUUCAGCAGUGUAUUACCGUUGAUGCUGGGGCCAGUGAGAGUUUUGCCAAAUUUCUAUUUUCUUUGAUAGCUUUGGUGCUAUGUAAUUUUUUCCUCUUGAUUUCUAAGUACGUGUUGUUUUCUUUUUUCGGUUGUCUAGAUGAGAUGUGGGUUGAUCUUCAAUUACAUGAAUCUUUUAUUUUUAUUUUUAUUUUAUUUUACUUUUAUCUCUUUGUUGUAAUAUAUAACAGAUCAUCAACAUAUUUAUGAUAUAUUAUUUUGUCUA